CGCUGCGCGGCUCCCAGGCCGUGGGCCUGGCGGCCCCGGGCGGCGCGGUCGCGGCCAACGGGCCCCUGGGCGCGGGCGCGGGCGCGGGCGGCGCCGCCCCCGGAGGCUACUUGGAGACUCCGUUUAAUUUUGGCAUGAACCACAGAAGCCCACCUUACCCCGCCGGGGAUUACUGUCUUCUGUGCAGAAGCGAGCGGAAAGACUCUGCGUUCUUAGAGAGUGGAGUCAAGACCGCCAGCAAGUUGGCGCUUUCCAUGGCGCCCAAGGGCAACAGCGUGCUGCACCUGCCGCUGUGGGUGUGCCCCGACUGCCGGCGCACCGUGGAGAAGGAGGAGAGGCCGGGCCUGGAGCAGCCGCAGCCGCAGCCGCAGAGCCAGGAUUUUCUUCACUCCCCUCUGGGUGGGUCACAGCCAGAGGCUGGCGGCGGGAGACUGGCGCUGGGCAGUCAGACGAUGCCCACAGCAGGACUGGGCACCCCCACAGAUGCGUCGUGUGCCUGUGAGGCCUGCAGCGAACGCAGAGAGGCGUCGGCCGAACCAGAGCGGGAGCCCCAGCAGCUGCAGAAGUGCUGGUCGGAAGUGCGCUACAUGGUCCGCUGCGUCUACCGCCGAGCAGGGACCCCGCUGGCCGAUGACCACGACCAGUCUCUGGUGCCGGACAAGGAGGGGCUAAAGGAGCUCGUGGAUAGACUCUGCGAGCGUGACCCCUACCAGUUGUACCAGCGCUUGGAACAGCAGGCCCGAGAAUACGUGCUAGAGAUGAAGGUCCGUCUCCUCCGGCAGCUGUCAGCCGCCUCCAAGGUGAAGGCACCGUCGGGGCUACAGGGCCCGCCUCAAGCACACCAGUUCAUCUCCCUGCUCCUGGAGGAGUAUAGUGCCCUGUGCCAGGCAGCACGCACCAUUAGCACCUUCCUUGGCACGCUGGAAAAUGAACACUUGAAGAAGUUCCAGGUGACGUGGGAACUGCACAAUAAACAUCUAUUUGAAGAUCUGGUCUUUUCAGAGCCUCUUCUUCAGAGCAACUUGCCAGCACUAGUGUCACAGAUCAGGCUGGGCACCACGACGCAUGACAGCGACAGCGAGGACACCUACAGCAGCCUGCUGCAGCGCUACCAGAGCUCCGAGGAGGAGCUUCGCAGAGUCGCCGCCGAGUGGCUGCAGUGCCAGGAGAGGAUCGAUGCCUACGUGGAUGAGCAGAUGACGAUGAAAAGCAAGCAGCGCGUGCUCACAGAGGACUGGGAGCUUCUCAGGCAGAGGCGCUUCAUCGAGGAGCAGCUAACUAAUAAGAAGGCGGUGACGGGGGAGAACAGCUUCACGGAUGCCAUGCGGAACAUGUUGUCCUCCCGGCUGAACAUGCCCGACUGUCCCAACUGCAGCUACCGGAGAAGGUGUGCUUGCGACGACUGCAGCCUUUCGCACAUCCUCACCUGCGGCAUCAUGGACCCCCCAGGCACUGGCGACAUCCACAUUCACCAGCUCCCGCUUCAGGUGGACUCUGCUCCCGACUGUCUGUCUGAGAUGCGACCCCCGAGUGUGUCCUCGGCGAGCUCAGGGUCGGGCUCGAGCUCUCCCCUCACCAUGCAGCAGCACCCCAGGCUUAUCCUCACAGACACAGGCUCCGCACCUGCUUUAGCAGAGCAGAGAGCUGACAGUCGAGGCCCCACGGGCUGCACGGUGCAGGGUGCUGUUUCCAUCUGGGGGCUCGGACUCCGCUCCCCAGCUCCAGGCACUGAGCUGCCCUUGGUCCCCUCUCAAGGCACAGCUUGUAGUCACGAAGAAGAUGUCGCACCCUUGUCAGCUAAGUUUGCUGACAUUUAUCCAUUGAGUAACUACGAUGAUGCCGAGGUGGUGGCCAACAUGAAUGGAACCCACAGCGAACUGAAUGGCAGCGGGGAGAACCUGGCCUUGAAAGAGGAGUCCCCUCAGGUCAGCAGUACCAGCAGUAGUUCUUCUGAAGCUGGUGAUGAAGAAGUGGAUGGCGAGAGUAGUGGGGAGCCGCCAGGAGCCCCGAAGGAAGACGUCGGUCUAGGAAAUGGGAGCCCCGGGAAGGAGAGCCCAGUGGACAGCCCGCCACCGGCAUACCCGACCCAGCAGGCGGAACAGGCUCCCAACCCUUGUGAGUGUUAUGUCUGUAAACAAGAAGCUUCGGGACUGACCGCCGCGGCCGUUACGGCUGGAGCCCUGCCCCCUGGCCACCAGUUCCUGAGCCCAGAGAAGCCCACACACCCCGCGCUACAUCUGUACCCCCACAUCCACGGACAUGUGCCCUUGCACGCCGUGCCGCACCUACCGCGCCCACUCCUCCACCCCACUCUGUACGCAGCGCCCCCCUUCACGCACAGUAAGGCUUUACCGCCAGCACCUGUUCAGAGUCACACAAAUAAGCAUCAGGUAUUCAAUGCAUCUCUUCAAGACCAUAUUUAUCCGAGCUGUUUUGGGAAUACUCCAGAGUGGAAUAGUUCUAAAUUUAUAAGUCUUUGGGGAUCAGAAGUGAUGAAUGAUAAGAACUGGAGUUCUGGCACUUUCCUGCCAGAUACAAUUUCUGGGACUGACCUCCUGGGGCCAGUGCUCUCCGGGGCCCGAGCAGACGCCCUGCCCCAGCCAGCCGCCAGCGAAGCAGCUCCAGCCGCAGACAGUACAGAGAAGAAAAAUGCGGCAAAAAAGAAGUGUCUGUAUGAUUUCCAAGAUGCUUUUAUGGAAGCCAACAAAGUGGUCAUGGCCACCUCUUCGGCCACCUCCUCUGUGUCCUGCACAGCCACCACAGUGCAGUCCAGCAACAGUCAGUUCAAGGUGUCGUCCAAGAGGCCGCCUGCCGUAGGGGAUGUCUUCCAUGGCCUGAACAAGGAGGACCACAGACUUGCCGUGCCUGUUGCUCCAAGGAGCAGCCCCACCGGCCUGGCCCCGCUGCCCACUCUCGCGCCUGCUGCUCUCGCUCCAGCCUCUCCGUCUCACCUGGCCGGCCUCACAGCACCGUCCUUCCCCAAAGCUGCAACCACAGCUCCAGGCUUUGUGGAACCACGCAAAAGCUUCUGCCCCGCUCCUGUGGCCCCCCCACCUCCCACCACAGACAGCUCCGUGAGUGCGCCGCCCAGUGUCUGCAGCGACCCCGACUGUGAAGGACACCGAUGUGAGAACGGCGUCUAUGACCCGCAGCAGGACGAUGGGGACGAGAGCGCCGACGAGGACAGUUGCUCCGAGCACAGCUCCAGCACGUCCACCUCCACCACCCAGAAGGAGGGCAAGUACUGCGACUGCUGCUACUGCGAGUUCUUCGGGCAUGGCGGGCCUCCAGCAGCACCAACAAGUAGAAAUUACGCAGAAAUGAGGGAGAAACUUCGCCUGCGGCUGACCAAGAGGAAAGAGGAGCAGCCCAAGAAGGUGGAACCUCUGUCGGAGCGGGAGAGCGUGGUUGAUCACCGCAGGGUGGAGGACCUGCUGCAGUUCAUCAACAGCUCCGACGCCAAGCCCGUGAGCAGCUCUCGUGCCGCUAAGCGGGCCCGGCACAAGCAGAGGAAGCUGGAGGAGAAGGCGCGCCUGGAAGCCGAGGCCAGGGCCCGGGAGCACCUGCUGCAACGGCAGCGGCAGGAGGAGGAGGAGGAGGAGGAGCGGCUACAAGAGGAGCUACAGCGGCUGCAGAAGCUGAGGGCCGCGAAGAAGAAGAAGAAGGAGAGGCCAGGCAAAGACUGUUCCAAGCUGGCUAUUCUGGCUAGGAAUUUCCAGACGGCACCAGGUCCAGUCCUGAACUCUGAUAGCAUCCCGAAUGGCUCCCUGGAGCAGCCCAAAGAACCGGAAACCUCAUCCCACCCCCCUUGCAGACACACGGACCACACAGAGCCCAGGCCCGGGCCCGGGGCUGAGGGGGACACUACAGACCUCAGAGACUCCAAGCUCCUCCUGCCCGAGGGGGUCAACGGGAAGCAGCCCGAGCCGCUGUCCUUUCUCCUGGACAUCAUGCAGCACCACAAAGAGGGGGCUGGCAGGCAGAAACUGAAGCAGAUCAGUAAGACGGGCAGUGAGCUGGGGAGGAAGCCCCCAGAACCCUCUAGAGCCGCUGAGGGCCAGCCCCGGCCCCGGCCCCCCGCUGAGCCCAAGCCCAAAGCUGACCUGAUUUCCCCAGCAGAGCAGAGACGAGAGGAGAGGAAAAUCAGCAGUAACAGCACUAACAGGAAGCAGCUGAACCACGUGAAGGAAGAAAGGGUGGCGGUGCCCCCGGAGCCCGCGAGCCCCAGCGAGCACCCACAGGACAAGCUGGUGCUGGCCGACUCCCCUCAGCCCAAGGGCAAGAACAAGAAAAGCAGAAAGAAGAAAGGAGACCGAGCCAGCAGUUCGCUUGACGACGUCUUCCUGCCGAAGGAUAUCGAUCUCGAAAGUGUGGACAUGGAUGAGACUGAGAGGGAAGUGGAGUAUUUCAAAAGGUUCUGCUUGGAUUCCGCCAGACAGACCCGACAAAGACUGUCUAUCAAUUGGUCCAAUUUUAGCUUGAAAAAAGCCACGUUCGCUGCCCAUUGAGUGAGGACCACAAGAGAGGGACUUGAGGGAGGAGGGCCAGGCCCCAGGCAUGUGCGGGUGAACUCGCGCAGCCCUGGUCGAGGGCCCCGCGCCGUCAGCUCGUGUGCGUGUAGUCUGUGCGUGAGAAUUCUUCAGUGUAGCUCUGUGCUGUCGGCCCGGGGCGGCAGCCUGCUCGUUCUUCCAGCACGCGGCCUCCGAGCCUGGGCACCAUCCACGCGGCCGUCGCUCUGCACUCGCCCUGUCCCGUCAUCUGUCCCCGCCAGGGUGUUGCUGUCACUCAGCUCCUGUGUGCCCCGCAUCCCCCGAGGCGGGCGGACAGGGCAGGUGCGCUUCCGUUCUCCUUCACAAUCUACUGUUCAGAGUGUCCACGUUGCGCUGUUUGUGUCUGACCCCCCCGACUUGUAGCCAGCUUGUGUAAGACCCCUGCAGAAAGAGAAAGUUCAAAAACAGAAACCCCCAGUACUCACCAUUGAGUCUGUCAGAGUGUCCGACUGGAUUAACACGGAGGCCUGCCUGGCUACUUUUUUAACAUAUUGUUAAGUAAUAUUAAAAUCAUGUCUUUCUUUUUGAAAGAUGGAAUACAUUAGUACAGCAGAA